GCGCGGGAGCGCGCGCGGCCGCGGCUGUCCCCUCCCCCCUUCGUUACCGCGCACGCCGGGAACCGGCCGCUGCCACGGUCGGUCGUAGUCAUGGAGUCUCCGUGGGAUGAGCUGACUCUUGCCUUUUCCCGCACGUCCAUGUUCCCCUUUUUUGACAUCGCCCACUAUCUGGUGUCCCUGAUGGCGAUGAAGCGUCAGCCGGGAGCAGUGACAGUGGCAUGGAAGAAUCCUUUUUCAAGCUGGUUUACUGCUAUGCUCCACUGCUUUGGUGGAGGAAUUUUAUCCUGUAUAUUGCUUGCGGAGCCUCCAGUGAGGUUUCUUGCAAACAACACUAAUAUAUUACUGGCAUCUUCGAUCUGGUAUAUUAUAUUUUUUUGCCCAUGUGACCUAGUUUGCCAGGCCUAUUCUUUCCUACCUGUUCAACUCUUGGCUGCAGGAAUGAAGGAAGUGACGAGAACUUGGAAAAUAGUAGGUGGAGUCACACAUGCUAAUAGCUAUUACAAAAAUGGCUGGAUAGUCAUGAUAGCUAUUGGAUGGGCCCGAGGUGCGGGUGGUACCAUUAUCACAAAUUUUGAACAGUUGAUAAAGGGAACUUGGAAACCAGAAGCUGAUGAAUGGCUGAAGAUGUCUUACCCUUCCAAGGUAACCCUGCUGGGGUCAGUUAUGUUCACAUUCCAGCACACCAAGCAUCUGGCAAUAUCAAAGCAUAAUUUGAUGUUCUUCUAUACUGUCUUUCUUGUGGCCACAAAGAUAACCAUGAUGCUUACAGAGACUUCUACUGUGUCUUUUGCUCCUUUUGAGGAUGCACUGGGUCGUAUGCUGUUUGGCUGUCAUCAACGAUUUUCACCACGUGUAAAGAAAAAUGAAACUAAAUCCAAUGGCACUGGUUCAUCCACCUCAAAACCUACAGCUGAUGCUUCAGACAAGCUUAAAAAGAAGCACAGUAAGAAGACUGAGUAAAUUUACUUGCUGAGUUCUAGAAAGCAAAAAAAAAAAAAAAUUUUUUUUCUUAUCUACC